AUGCCGGUGAUGGUUCGAGGCUAUGUCCCCGAGCAUGUCUGGCGAGUUCUUGCCGAGCUUAGCCAUUUCUUCCGCACGCUCUGUGCUAAAGAAGUGCCUCGAUACAAUAUAGAAGAGCCCAAGUAUCAACCCAGGCUCGAUCUAUUCAACGCGCAAGGUGGGAGGGCUGGGGCCUCGAAAUCUUAUAACAUGCCACGACAAGAGUGGGAGGACCUCAUGUUCUAUAUCUUGCACAACAUCAAGGAAGUUGAGGAUGUGUGGAUGAGUGAUUUUGUUCAAGAGGAAUGGACGGGAGUGAAUCCUCCUAUUGAGGCGGAGGCACUUACUCUUCUCCGUCAUGGAAACCCUGGACGUAAAAAUUUUGUUGCUUGGUUCAUGGAGAAAGGAAAAGAUCCGAACAUAUCUAUGGAUGAUGAAUUGAGAUGGGUUUCCAUGGGUUUUGACCCUGCCGUCGUGACAUGUAAAAAGUAUGAUGUGAAUGGGUAUCGCUUCCAUACAGAGGAGCACCAAAACAGCCGCCCCGAUCCCAAAACUAUAAAUACUGGAGUGUACACCCCCGGUCAAAAUUCAGUAGACUACUACGGAAGGGUACAAAAUAUAUACGAGGUUAAAUUCCGCCAGGGGCGUGAGACCCUAAGUCUGCCUGUGUUCAAAUGCCGAUGGUUCGAUCCGCAGGAGGGGGUAAAACAUACGCCUUCCAUUGGUUUGGUCGAAGUUAAACCAUCAACCGUCUAUGCCGGAGCCGAUCUCUUCAUUGCGGCUACCCAAGCUACACAAGUAUAUUAUCUGCCUUACCCAUGCCAGAAAGUGUAUCUAAAGGGUUGGGAAGUUGUGUUCAAGGUGUCGCCACAUGGUAAGCUACCAGACCCGAAUGAAGACGAUUACUACAACAUUAACCCCAUGACAUACGAGGGAGUGUUCUAUCAAGAGCAACCUGAUGAUGAUGAUGAUGUGGUUAGAAACGAUGACGCUAGACCAUUGGGUGAUUACAUUUUUAAUUCUACAUAA